CAUACAAAUGAUUCAAAAUAUACAUGUAUUACAUACACGCACAGAGAAAAGCGCUCAUACUUAAAAGAUUAUAGAAUGCACACACACAAACACAAGCACAUACACACCCGCACACAUGUAUAUAUACAUAUAUAUUAUAUUCAUUCUAUAGAUACUACAUUCACACUUUCUUCCACUCCACAACGGUGAACAGAGUGAGUACUUGGUGGUCGUCUUUUACAAGUUUAAGCUGUAAACAAACUUUGAGAGUUUCUUUAAAAAAAAGUUGAAGAAAAAAAGGUUGAAGAAAAAAAAAAAAUACUCUUGAAAAUUUAGAAAGAAAUGUCACCGUUUUGCUGUGAGUCACAGACUUCAAAACUACUACAACAACUUGGGUCAUUGUACAUUCUAACUCUGACCAUACAGACAGUUAUCAGUACAGGCUCUACGUCGUCUGAUCACCUCACUAUUCUACACACUAACGACUUUCACAGCAAAUUCCAGCAACUCAACAAGUAUUCCUCGCUCUGCAAGCAAAAAGAUAUUGAUGCCGGCCGUUGUUAUGGAGGUAUCGCACGGAUCGCUACCAAAGUUAAGGAAAUACGAGGACAGGAUCCCAAUGUUCUUCUACUGGAUGCCGGUGACCAAUUCCAAGGAAGCUUCUGGUUCCAUCAUUUUAAAGGAUACGCGUCAUCAUAUUUCAUGAAUGAGAUAAAAUACGAUGCCAUGUGUCUUGGUAACCACGAAUUUGAUGGUAAAAUAAGUGGACUUGCAACAUUUUUGAAAAACGUAACUUUCCCUGUUGUAUGUGCCAAUAUAAACGUGACUGGAAUCGAUGAAAUGCAACCAGUAGUUAAACGAAUCAAGUUAGACGUUGGAGGAUAUCAGGUUGGAAUCGUCGGAUACAUCACCGUUACCACUGCAGUUAUUUCUAAACCGGAUCCAAUUGUAUUUUUGGAUGAAGUGGAAAGCGUAAGACAGCAGGUGAAGGAACUUCAGAAAGAAGGUGUCGACCGUAUCAUAGCUUUAGGUCACGCAGGAAUUGAAAUGGAUAGGAAAAUUGCACAAGAAGUGAAGGGUGUUGAUAUUGUAAUCGGUGGUCACACUAAUACCUUUCUCUACAGUGGCGAUCCACCAUCAAUUGAGAAACCUGAAGGGAGCUACCCAGAAGUUAUUACACAGAAGGACGGUGAAAAAGCCCUGGUUGUCCAAGAAUUCGCUUUCGGAAAAUAUCUAGGAUACUUAAGAGUUGAAUUUGAUUCGAAAGGUCGAGUUAAAUCUUGGAGUGGAAAUCCAAUACUGUUGAAUAAUAGCGUAGAACAAGAUCCAGACAUCCUUUCGAAGAUGGAACCAUUUAUGAAUUCAAUAGAGCCGUCGAUGAAAACUGUUAUCGGUCAAAGUAGCGUGCUUCUCCUUGGCAGUAACUUGUGUCGUAAGGAGGAAUGUAAUUUAGGAAACCUUGUGGCCGAUUCCAUGGUAUUUUCGUACAUAGACUUCUCUGGGGAUGAUGCAUGGAGUUCAAAUGCCAUUUCGUUAGUAAAUGGCGGUGCUGUCAGAACAGCUAUUGAACCAGGAAAUAUUACUUACGCACACAUAGCCGAGGUUUUACCGUUUGAAAAUGUUAUUGACAUCGUCGAAGCAUCAGGAAAAUUGCUCUUAGAAAUACUUGAACACUCUGUGAAAGACUAUAAACCAACAAAUGGGAAAUUCCUGCAGGUGUCAGGAAUAAAAGUAAUCUAUGAUUUAUCCAAACCUAACGGUCAGCGUAUUGUCAGCGUGAAAGUUAGGUGUACCAAAUGCCUUGUUCCAGCCUACGAGAAUCUGCAGCUGAAGAAAAUUUAUAAAAUUAGCCUCAACGAUUUCUUAAUUAAUGGAGGAGACGGCUAUUCAAUGAUAAAGAACAACAUUAAAAACCGAUUGAUAACGGGUAUGGACGAGAACGAAAUGCUAAUUCAUUACUUGAAGCACUGUUCACCGGUGUUCAACGGUAUUGAAGGUCGUAUAACCAUGAAAAACGAAACCAUAGUUGAUGACAACGGAGCAACCACAAAUCGAAAACUCAACAUAAAAAUUUGGAUGAUGAUCAUUAUAUCUGUUGCCUUAACAAUGUUACAUGAAUCUCUAAAUUAAUACUCAAUAGUUUUGUUAUUGUUGUUGUUAUUAUUUGUUAAUGUAUGUCGUUAUAAUUGAUUGUUUAUUACUUUAAUGUCGUUAUUCUCAGUAAUUGUUAUUACUUCUGUUGUUGUUGUUGUUGUUGUUGUUAUUGUUGUUUGAUCUUCUGGUCAGCUCUGAAUAAGUAAGCCCAUAUUCAGACGAAUGCUAACCAUUAUCAUUACGCCUAAUUUUUUUUAUAAUGGUGAACAUUGAACUAUAUUACCCAGUAUGAACCAUUUUAAGACAGAACAAGACGAUACAACCCCUAGGUCAGUGUUUCUCAACCUAUUUUCCCUCCGGCCGCACUAUAACUUUCCAGAAAAAUGUCUGCCCCACCGGUGGCUGGAAAACAACUUUAUUUUCAAUAUUUCAUAAUUAUAUACUUUCCUUCAAGAAAUAUCCACACUAAAGAAUUAGAAUAGCUCUAUACUGUAGCAAACAGACAUCAUACAGUAUGCUUUACCGGAGGGAUUAGUUUGGCUAAGCUGAGUAUAGGUGUUGUACGCUUGCUAUGACAAAAAAUUUUCACAAUUCUAUGCUCCCCCACCACCACCACCAACAAAGGAAAACAUUUAGAUCCUACACUCUACCGCAAUUUUCCCAGGACCUACAAGUAAGGUGUAUGCCCCACGUUGGGAAUCAUUGCUCUAGGUGGUCAUUCAAUUAACUAUAAAUAACAGUAAAAUUGCUACACCCUACCGUCUUUGAAUACAUUGAUAUAGUUCGGUGUUCACCACUCUUGAAAAGAAGACGUAGUAAUCACUAAAAAUAUUGUUGUUGGUGUUAUUCAAUAACACGUUUUCUUCAUUUUUGCAUACAUUUUCCGCACAAUUAACCUUUAUUUCCAGUUAAAUAUUUUAUGUGCAACACGUGCAUAUGCGCACGUGCGUUUAUCUACGUGGGCGCGUGUGUAUGCAUAUAAACAUU